CUUGUACGUGACAACCUUUGACCUCCGACAAACUCAUCGUAAUCUCCUCAUCGCCGUUGAAGAACUCUCCUAGCUCAGCCUCCAUCCGCCCAUCUGCUGCGACGAUAUCUUUAUAAUCCGGCGGCAAGAAUCCGUCCCAGACGGCGGAAGAUACCGAUGAUAGGCGGAAGGCGUCGAGUGGGGAAGUGAGGGAAAGAAUGGUGUAAAGGCAAUCUUCCGGCAACAUCUCCAAAUUCUUCAUUGCCAUGUUCUAAGAAUACUAUGAAAAUCCAAGAAAGCCCAGAAGAAGAAGAAGAAGAAGAAGAAGAAGAGUUGAAAGAUUGGGUAAUUUCAGGGUGGUAUAUAACAAUGCCUUCCCACUGCUGCAACACAUCGAACGAAGUAUCUCGAGAAUUUUGGUGAUUGUAGAACAAUGGCGGAAGCAAAUAUCUUUGAACUCAACAAUGGCACAAUCCAAGUUAAGGUUUCAAACUAUGGCUGCACCAUCACCUCCUUGUCUGUACCAGAUAAAGAUGGGAAAUUGGAUGAUGUGGUUCUUGGAUUCGACACGCUUGAACCCUACCAGAAAGGGAUGGGUCCAUACUUUGGAUGCAUUGUGGGGCGGGUGGCCAAUCGGAUCAAAGAUGGGAAAUUCACACUCAAUGGAGUUGGAUAUUCUCUGCCAUUAAACAGGCCCCCUAACAGUCUCCAUGGUGGAAUGAAGGGAUAUGACAAGGUUGUCUGGGAGGUUUCUGAAUUUAAGGAGGGUGAAAAUCCAUCAAUUUCCUUCAAAUAUCAUAGUCAUGAUGGGGAGGAAGGUUACCCGGGAGAUCUUUCCAUUACUGCAACAUACAGUCUUACUGCUAAGACAACACUGAGGCUUGACAUGGAAGCUGUUCUUGGAAACAAGGCAACUCCAGUCAGUUUGGCUCAACAUACUUAUUGGAACCUCGCGGGCCACAAUUCAGGGGACAUUCUCGAACACACUGCUCAGUUGUGGGCUAAUCACUAUACCCCGGUGGAUCAGAACACUAUUCCUACCGGAGAAAUAAAGGCGGUUAAAGACACUCCUCCGUUUGAUUUCACCACCGAAAAGAAGAUUGGCCGAGAUAUCCAGCAGGUUGGUUUAGGGUACGACCACAACUACGUACUCGACUGUGGAGUCGAGAAGUCCGGGUUGAAGCAUGCGGUGAAGAUCAAGGAUCCCAAGAGCUGCAGGGUUCUUAACUUAUGGACGAACGCCCCUGGGAUGCAAUUCUACACCGCGAACUAUGUGAAUGGGGUCGUUGGAAAAGGUGGGGCCGUCUACAAUAAGCAUGCCGGGGUUUGUUUAGAGACUCAGGGCUUCCCGAAUGCUGUCAACACACCGAAUUUCCCGUCCGUUAUUGUCCAGCCUGGUGAAAAGUAUCAACACACCAUGGUGUAUGAGUUCUCAGUUGAGUAAAAGAUGGUAAAUUCUGCAAUAAAGUUACUGCCUUUAUGCACAUUUUGCUUCAACCUCACUUUUGGUAAUCAGACAUCUUUACAGUCUAAAUAAUUAAUGAUUACUUCAUUUUGCUGUUUAUGUUA